UUGCUCUCUUCUGUUCAUCGCUAGUUAGUCUCUAGUUCGUCAUUAGACUCUGUUCUCUCUCGCAGGUGAACAGUUCUGCUGUGUUUUCUGUGUCAGUGUGUGUGUGUGUGUGUGUGUGUGUGUGUGUGUGUGGUGAUGGAUCUAAAGGAUAAAGUGGCUGUAGUGACCGGAGCAGCUCAGGGUCUGGGGAGAAGCUUUGUCGAAAUACUCCUGAAAAACGGCUCAAAGGUGGCUUUAAUCGACAUGAACUCUUCUCUGGGGACUGAACUGAAGAAGUCUCUGGAUCAGGAGCACGAGCCAGACAGAACCCGGUUCUACACCGCUGACGUCACGUCUGACGAGGAUCUCAAGGGAACUUUGGAAAAAAUUGUUAAAACCUUUGGCCGCAUAGACAUUUUUUGCAACAAUGCGGGGAUCAUCAAUGAAAAGCACUGGGAAAAAACUAUAGCAGUCAACCUGGGUGGAGUGGUCAGAGGAACGUAUCUGGCUCUAGAACAUAUGAAGAAGGAGAACGGUGGGAACGGAGGAGUCAUCAUCAAUGUUUCUUCUAUGGCAGGUCUGGGGCCGCUGCCGAUCACUCCCAUCUACACGGCGACCAAACACGGCGUGGUGGGAUUCAGUCGAGCCAUGGCCGCCGUGUCCAAGAUGGCCAACUACGGGGUCAGGAUCAACAUUCUCUGCCCGUGGUUCGUGAAGACCAACCUGCUGUCCACCAUGAGCUCAGAAGAGCACACCGGGAGCUUCUUUUCGCUGAGGGGCUUCGCGGAGACGUUGAUGCAGAGCCGCGGCUGUCUGGAGGCUGAUGUUGUCGCCAAGGCUUUUCUUGUCCUCGUGAAAGAUGAGAGCAAGAACGGAGACGCUCUGGUGAUUGAUCCUGACAAGGCCUUUUUCGUUUCCUUUCCUGAAGGAGCCAAAGAUCUCCCGUCUACUCCAGUCAGCCUCGAGUGACCCUUCGCUCUUGAAGACUUCAUCCUAACAUGCAAACCUGAGCGCUUCCUGGCUUUAUAGAAAGAUCCAGUGUAAAGAUUAGAAAAGAUCUCUGCAAAGACCUUUUUCUUUGGUGCUUCUUCAUAAUUUCCACAGUCAUGAACUUUAACUAACAGAUAUAAAAGUUAUUGUGCUAAAACAUGACUCAAAAUAUGUAGUUUGCUUUCAAAAUGUGUUAAUAUAAAAAGUUACUAACA